AUGGAGGAAUUAGGAGUGCAAGAUGUGGGGUGUCCUGAUCUCCUGACUGUCCUCCUGAUCGCCCAUCAGAAGACAGAGGAAGUAUACUCGAGUCGACGGCGCCACGGUGGCCACGGCCUGAGGCGCCUUAGGAAGGUCAGGUGGCGAGCAUCCGAGUAUGUAGAGACUGCGCCUAACUGGCCCAUCUGGGCCGGAGACCCAGCUAGAGUCAGUCAACCGCAGGCCGCUUAUAAUAUCUCUCACCCCGCCAACCAUCCACCCCCUUCCCCACACUCAUCUGGUCUCUCUCUUCUCCUCAAGACCGCACCCGGCUCCUGGAUCGUCUCUCUUAACCUCGAAAACACCACAGACUCGAAACACAAAGCAAUAAUGAAGGUCACUUCCCUUCUCCGCUACUCGCGCGCCUGCCCCUUCCUGGGUCACUCGACGCCCUCGUCUCUCCGCACCCUCGCCUCCACUGGCAGCUCCACCGGUGCCAAUGCUCUCACCGCCAAGGCCAUCGAGUGCCCCAUGAUGGGCCCUCGUCUCGCCAGCAAGAGCCAGGCCCGCGCCUACGCCUCGGUCGCUGGUAACCGCGAGGUCGAGGAAAUUCACAAGCAGAAGGACAUCAACUUUGACCCCACCGGCACUCCUGCUGGCAAGUGCCCCCAUGCCAAGGCUGCUCAGCAGGCUGCCAGCGUCGCCCAGCAGGCCGUCAACGCCAAGGCUGCUGGCAAGGGCAAGGCGCCCGUCGCCCGCAACACCGCCGGCGGCUUUGACUAUGAGACCUUCUACCAGGCCGAGCUUGACAAGAAGCACAAGGACAAGUCCUACCGCUACUUCAACAACAUCAACCGUAUGGCCGCCAAGUUCCCCGUCGCCCACACGGCCAAGACGUCUGAGGAGGUUGACGUCUGGUGUUCCAACGACUACCUCGGCAUGAGCAAGAACCCCAUUGUGCUCGACACUAUGCGUCGAUCCCUGAACAAGUACGGUGCCGGUGCCGGUGGUACUCGCAACAUUGCCGGUAACGGUGCUCUCCACCUCGCCCUUGAGGACGAACUCGCUGGUCUGCACCGCAAGCAGGGCGCCCUCGUCUUUUCUUCGUGCUACGUCGCCAACGACGCCACGCUCUCCACCCUCGGCUCCAAGCUGCCCGGCUGUGUCAUCUUCUCUGACCAGAUGAACCACGCCUCGAUGAUUCAGGGUAUCCGUCACUCGACGGCCAAGAAGGUCAUUUUCAAGCACAACGACCUCGCCGACCUCGAGGCCAAGCUUCAGGCCGUCCCCAAGGACACCCCCAAGAUCAUUGCUUUCGAGUCGGUCUACUCCAUGUCCGGCUCGGUCGCCCCCAUCGAGGCCAUGUGCGACCUCGCCGAGAAGUACGGUGCUAUCACCUUCCUCGACGAGGUCCACGCCGUCGGCAUGUACGGCCCCACUGGUGCUGGUGUCGCCGAGCACCUCGACUUCACCGCCCACUACGCGACCCGUGACUCUGCCGAGCCCGUCCCCCGCUCUGUCAUGGACCGCAUUGACAUUAUCACUGGCACCCUCGGCAAGGCCUACGGUGUCGUCGGUGGCUACAUUGCCGGCUCGGCCGACCUCGUCGACCUUGUCCGCUCGUACGCCCCCGGCUUCAUCUUCACGACCUCGCUCCCUCCCUCGGUCGUUGCCGGUGCCCAGGCCUCGAUCGCUUACCAGCGCGAGUACAUGGGCGACCGCCGCCUCCAGCAGCUCAACACCCGCAAUGUGAAGAGCCAGCUCAAGGGCCUCGACAUUCCCGUCGUUCCCAACCCUUCGCACAUCGUCCCCGUUCUUGUCGGCGACGCCGCCCUUGCCAAGGAGGCCUCUGACAUGCUUCUCGCCAAGCACCACAUCUACGUCCAGUCGAUCAACUACCCCACCGUCCCCGUCGGUGACGAGCGUCUCCGCAUCACCCCGACCCCCGGCCACACGGCCGAGCAGGUCGAGCACCUGAUCACCUCGCUCGACUCGGUCUUCAACGAGCUCGACCUCAAGCGCGAGUCGGACUGGGUUGCCGUCGGCGGCCGCGCCGGCGUCGGAUGCCCCAACACCAAGGUCCCCGAGCCUGUCUGGAACGACGCCCAGCUCGGCCUCGAGGACGGCUCCGCCCCCGUCACCCUCGCCCAGGGCAAGGAGCACGUCCUCCUCCCCGAGGCCAUCAAGGUUGCCGAGAAGCGUCUCACCCACCUUCUCGACGUCGGACCCCGUCUCUCUCACGAGGCCUCCGAGUCGCAGUAG